AAAAAGUAAAAAAGUGGGAGGAAUAAGAGUACAACCAGUAAGCCUAACUUUAAAGUUAAUUCAACAAUACGUUGUAUACCAAAACAAUUGCAAAACAUGUUACUUGUUUGCCUGCUCAUUUUACUAAGAUGGUCAAGUUAGGUUGUAAAAUGAAUAUAAGAGGUUUAACGGGUUGAAGACAACGUCUGAGUCAUUUGAUUCAUCUUUGUCAUGGACAUAACAAAAAAGAUAAAAUCAUUUGUAGCAAGACAGGGAUCUCGAUCACCAUGUAGUCCAGUUGAACCACUCGUGUCAAGGGAUUUUGUCAUUGAAACAGCUGUUGUAAAAGAAAAGGAUGACUACAGAGAGUCCACAAUUAACCCCCAGGCUGAAGCUGAAAUCUUGCAAAGCAUAGAAGAGGUCUACUUUAAUGAUGACACCUUUGAUGCUUGUGAUUAUCAGUUAAAGAAAAUCCCUGCUGAGCUUGAUCUGAAUCAGAUCAUCAGAGAUAAAGAGUAUCUUCAGAAGCAGCAGUAUGUAGUUUCUAAGAAAGUUUCAGAUCUCAUACUUCAGAACCAGACUGCCUACACACAGGAGCUGCAUAGAGUCACAGAACUUCAGAAGAAUCUAGAACAAGCUGGAGUCAUAUGUUCUCAAGGCAGAAGCCACCUAGCAAGAGCCAGAAAGGAUUUUACCACUGCUAGUUUAGGGAUUCUUGCAAGUUUCAGGAAAAGAGAACGACUUUUGGGUCUCCUAAAAUUUCUGCAUUCAAUUAAAACCAUGCAAGAAACGGAUGUAAGACUAAGAGAACUCUUAGAGGAAGAAGAUUACCCAGGCGCAAUUCAGCUCUGUCUGGAAUGUCAAAAAGCUGCAAUACAGUUCAGGCAUUACAAGUGUAUUAGUGAAUUGAGCUCUAAGCUCCAAGACACAUUAGAAAUGAUGGAAGAAAAGCUUGAUGUUGCUCUGUCAAAAGUCUGCACCAACUUUAACACUACACACUAUGAAAAACUACAAGCUGCAUACAGAUUACUGGGGAAGACACAGACUGCUAUGGACCAACUGUUGAUGCAUUUUGCCAGUGCAAUUCACAACAAGGCUUUCACUCUGGUACUUGGUUAUGUUGAACUUUGUGCUGGUGGAUCUGCUACAAAGUUCCAGAAACACCACUAUUCUGAACUUGCUAAGUUGAUUACAGUUGAAACCUUUACACCAUGUCUCAAAGAUCUUUGUAAAGCAUUGUGGGAGGUGAUGCAUAGUUACUGGUGCAUUGUGGAGUGGCACGAGGAUCACGAUUCUCAAUCGUCCCAAGUGAAUGCCGGUACGGAGGUGAACCUUACACACCAGUAUGUCCGACAGAAACUAGAACACGGACUCCUUCGUAUAUGGCAAGAUGUGCAACAGAAGGUCAAAACCUAUAUUCUAGCCUCUGAUCUAUCAUCAUUUAAAUUUGAUGAAUUCAUACACAUUCUAGAUUUAGUGAGAAGGUUGAUAGACAUUGGUGAAGAGUUUUGUAAUAGUAAGUCUGAAGAUCUGCAAGAGUCAUUAAGAAAACAAUCUGUUAACUACUUCAGGAAUUAUCACAGGGGCUGUAUGGAGGAACUGAGAAUGUUCCUUGAAAAUGAAAGCUGGGCCUUGUGUCCUGUUCGACCUAACUUCAGUAUUCUUCAGCUACAAGAAUUUCGCUUUCUUCGUCACAAUCACUCUCGAUCAAUUUUAACACCUCCUUCCUCUCCUGCUCAUUCUAAGACUGAGAGCACUUCCUUCUCUGGAAGGCCACGAGAAGGCUACUUCCAAGGAUAUCGAUACCAAGGGAAUCCUUUUGAAGAAAAGACUGAAGAAGAAGAUAAAGAAGAUGUGCUUGCACCAAGCACAACAGAUGAAGGAGAUGGGCAACCCUUGUCUGAUACUGACUCAGAAGAUGAAGAUGUUGCAGAUGAAUUGAAGAAAGAAUAUGUUGAUGAAAAAACAGGUGAUACCCCAAAUAAUAGGCAACAACGAACAACAAGAAAAACCAGCACAUCUUCUAGAAGGAGACAGAUUCUUAUCCUGACGAAUACCACAUUAAAUGUAUUGCGAUUAUUUGGCAAGUAUAUGCAGAUGAUGAACUUGUUAAAACCCAUAGCCUUUGAUGUUCUGAUUUGCAUGUCACAGCUCUUUGACUACUACAUGUUUUCUGUUUACACCUUCUUUUACAGGGAAAUGGACUUCAGUGAAAAUGCACUAAGUAACAAGUUGAGAACCACUUUAAAGAGGAUAAGGGAGAACCUAAUAUUGGCAGAAAGUGAGUCAGACUUUGGAACUGACACAAGAAACAAGGACAAAGUCCCUGCUCCUGUCUUGUCAACCAUGGUAGACCUGAAGUCCAUUGAACAGCUAUAUGGUUUAGCGGAAAGAGUAACAGCAGCAGAAUCUCUUGUCUUCCUAGCUAACCAGUUUGAAUUUCUUCAUCCUCAUCUGGAAACAUUUAUUCCAUCAUCUAAGAAAGCUUUUCUGCAACAGUUCUGUUCACAGACUAUCUUAACAGCUCCAGAGUUGAGAAGACCCAUCUAUAUGACUGUAGCUGCUCGAGGUGUAGACUACAACCAAGUGUUGAUGUUGAUGAAUUGUGUGAAGUGGGAUGUUCAUGACAUCAUGUCUCAACAUAGCUACUAUGUAGACAUUCUCCUGAGAGAGCUACAGGUGUUUAGCAUGAGACUUCUAGAAGUUAACAAAAAGACUCCAAUCCCAAAGGAAGCUUCUGAUAUCUUGUGGGAGCACUGUAUACGACUGGCUAACCGUACUUUUAUUGAAGGAUUUUCUCAAUCUAAGAAGUGUACAAAUGAGGGUAGAGCUCUCAUGCAACUUGACUACCAGCAGUUUUUGACAAAAGUCGAAGGACUGACAGAUUUGAGACUUGUCCCAGAACGGGAACUUGUGGAAGGUUACAUCAAAGCUUUUUAUCUCCUUGAGCCAGCAUUAGAACAGUGGAUCCGUUCUCAUAGAGAGUACACUCCAAAACAGCUUAUUGGACUAGUCAGUUGUGUAACUCAGCUCAACAAGAAAGGCCGGCAGAAACUAAUUAGUCUCAUUGAGGAAGGAGACAAGAUAAGAAGAUAAGACUGUUGAUGUGACAUAGAAAAUGUAAAUAUUGUUAAUAUAUUUAGUCAAAUACAUCUUCAUGAGGCGAACAUCUAGAAGGUACCUCGGUUCUCAUCACGAACAAUUAAUUAACACUGUAAUAUCUAUGUACUGUUUAUGAAAUGUAUAUCUAGGCACAAGUUAAAAGAAAGAAAAAAAAGUUUCAGUUUCAUUCCAAAAUUGAUCUGUCUCGUACUGAUUCUAAGAAUGUAGAUUUUGUGUCAGGCUCCAUAUACUCUCUUGUAAAGACUUAUCAGGUUGCCAUACAAAACCUUGAGCCUUUAAUUAAACUUUUUUAAUUGAAUGAGUUGUAGAUUAUUAAAUAUAAAAUCAUUCAGAUACUGGUUCCAAAAGUGAAAAAUUAAGGUAUAUUAUAGCUACUAUUGUUGUGGUUUUUAUAUCAAGAGAAUCAAUGUCAAUUAAGUUAUGGUCCUAACACAGAAAUGUGGUCCAAUUUUAGUUGUAGAGCAAAUAAAAUUGACAUACAAAACCAAUGGGAUCUAUAUUAAAAAAAACAAAAAACUGGAAAGCAGAUCUAACUGUACAAGUUUGAACAAUUUUCUCAGAAAUCCAGCAUAGUACAAAAUUGAAGUUAUGCCUAUGGAAUUCAAAAUAUAUUAGUAAUUUUUGUAUGUUAAACUUAAUAAAGUUUUAAGUAGUUUUAAAUUUUCAACUAAUACUUGAAGAAAAUGUUAAUGCAAGAAGUUAGUUAUAUAGAGGUUAGUUUAAUCAGACUGCUUUGAAGUUAAUUGUAGUUUAGCCACUGGUGGGUUAGGAGUUCUGUGUUUUAACAAUGUGUGCUGUUGAAUCAGGUUUGGACCAAGACACUGAAACUGGGUUCCAGGAGGUAAUUUAAAAACACUAUGUGAGGAAAAUUAACUUGUAUCAGACAUUGUUUUCAAAAACAAUAAAUAUUGAUACAUUUAAUCUGUUGAACACUCAUGUUUUCACUGAUAUGGUGUAGUAGGUUAUAAUCAAACACUAUAUUUUCAGAGGCCUUUUAGUCUGUUUCUACACUAGUUCAAAACUACUAAUAGUAGACAGUGUUGGAGGCAAUAAUAAUGAUUUUAUUUCCAGAUGAAGAAAUACAAUAUUUAAGCAAUAAACUGAGAACUUGCACAAGUCCCACAUCUUAAGCUUCCAGCAAAAACUGAUCUUAAGAAAAAACUUAUGAAACUAUCCGAUAUUUAUUUACUAUUUAAAAAAGGACCAAUGCAUAUAUUAAUUAUCUAACUUAGUACAGGAUCUUUUCCCAAAUGAUUUGUACAGUUAAAACUAAUCUUAGAAACAAAAACUCUGAAACGUUUAUAAAUAAUAGAGCAACUUAUAAUUUGUAACAUCAAUUAAUUUCUUAAAAAGUUUAUUCAGUUUUUCAUCCAAACAGAUCCUGCAUUUCUUCAGCUUUGUUCAUGGGCCUUUGGCCAGUUUGCAGUUUUAACAUGUGUAAUACAAAUAAAAACUUUUUUGUUAA